UCUCCACUCCCGUCGAACUUGCUGGGACAGCGGCUGUGUGCGGACGAUACAGAGCGAUCAAUAAUAUUACGAAGAAAAGCGAAUGAAAAAUUGGGAAAAUGAAUUGGUAAGAAGUCCAUACGAUUCAUGAUAAUUCUCCGUGACUGACUGCAUCAUGCUGCCUGGAGAUUACGAUAGACUUCAGAGUGAACCUGAGAACUACGUGAAAAACUUCUACGAUUUGUUUAAAAGCAUCGCCGAGGCCCAGAGGUUAAGGAACGACUGGAAAAAGUUUAAAAAAGCUAGGUUAAAUAAAAAAAGAGACAAGAAGAAGCUAGACACCAGUAGUGAUUUGGGUUACACGAGUCCUCCAGAGAUUGAGGUAUCUACCAAUGCCUCAGCAUUCUCUGUAUUCACCACUGUUAGAAGUACAGUACUCGACAAAAAUGGUAGAAUUACUGGUGAAACAAUCAGAGCUUCCACCUGCGAUUCUCCCCAGCCGUUGGACCUCAGUGAAACUAUUGAAACUGAUAGUGACGAUGACGACAGAGUAUCAUCUACUCCGAGUUUACCAAAGAUUGUGGGCAUUGGGUUGAGAAGCGUUUUCAUGCUUGUCCGAGAAAGUAGAAAUAUUGAGCCUGUUCUUUGUGCUAAAGCAUUGGGUGCUCUGCUCGAUGUACUACAAGGACAACUUCCCGAGGGGCUGAAAUCCGAGCCUGACGAUGUGGUCGAUCCUUUGUUCGAUCUCCUGUUGGACCUGGCGACGUCACACGGGCCAGAGUCGACUGUUGCCAAUGAUGGUAAACACCUGACGGCAGUUGCCUGCGCCUGUUUACUGAGCCUUGUUGUUGUUAGAGGUGAUACGGGACGGCUUUUGGCUGCUAUUGCUGCUCUACUGAUGUGUCCAAAAGCCCUAGCCACUCAAAAUAUUCAAAUGCCAUGUGUUUUAAUAUCCCUCCAGAGAAGUGUUGAAGCUGUUCUGUUGGGAAAACUCACAAGACCCGACUGGAUAACCUGUGGUAUUCCAAAGAAUUCAAGAAUUUAUACUUUCAAACUUCGUUUACCAAGUGAAAUGAGUAAUGUUACAUUGAAUGGACGGAGUUUCGUCAGUGAUGGAAAGUACCUGUACCUGCAUACUAAUCGUGGAUUAUUGAAAAUUGGAAGUGGCUAUGGUGGAACUGUUGGUGGACAGCUUUAUGGGCAUAAGCCUGAUUUUUAUCCUACGGAAGUAGGGUGGUUGGGCUAUGCCAAUAAUUCAUUGUAUUUCAAAUGUGCUCCUAAGAAGCAGUGUGAGUUGUUGGAGCUGGAUGUGGAGACACUUACUGUGAGGGGUAUUGCUGUGCUUGAGGGUCGUGAUUGGCCCUCGUCUGUUAUGUUUUCGGAUGGUGAGCAUUUAGGCAUGAUCACUGCUGGAAAAGACGAGGGUUUCGUCGUUCGUACUAUCAAUACACUCAGUAAUCCAGUGACAGUGACUUCCGAAUUACCUCUGAAAUUAGCUAGAAAGUGUGUAGAUGUUUUUGGGUGGGCAACAUUUGACGAGGAACUGUCUGUCCAUACGUUAAAUCCAACCUGUGAUGAUGAGAUUAUUAUGGUCACUGCAGGAAAAGAAUUUAGUCUGCUUAAAACUGCCUCAGGUAAGCUCUUGUACACCGGCAAGGGCAAUGCCCUUGGAAUGAAGAGCAAUACGAGACCAAAUCGUUGGCUAGAUUUUCCACUGGGAAAGAGUUCACGAGUCAUUCAUAUAGCUGCUGGCCACGAUGGUCAGCAUGUUAUCCUAGUCAUUGAAGAUGGAACAGUGUUAUUUGCGGGUACAGCGAGACGCGGAGAGGAUGGUGAUAGUUCGAAAGUACGGCGACCCUUGAAGCCAGUAAAACCAAAGAAAAUGCUCAAAGCAGAGGGACAUUGUAUUGUCGAUGCAGCUUGCAACAAUGGAUCAACAGCUCUCGUCACCAAAGAGGGUUCUCUACUCAUGUUUGGAAAGGAUACGUUGCACAGCGAUUCCACCAGCGGUUUGGUGACGGAUCUCAAAGAUGUUUUUGUUCAAAAAGUUGCUCUUGGCAAAGCCCAUGCUGCUGUACUCACGAAUAAAGGGCAUCUCUGGACUUUUGGAAUUAAUAAUAAGGGACAGUGUGGCAGGGAGUUCUCUGUCUCCAGAAGUGUCAACAAAGAGGUAACUGUUGUCGCUAUGGAGACUGGAAUCGGUGAAGACGAAUUAAUUGUAGCUGAAGAUGAGGCAGGAGAGCAGGUUGAGGACUGGGAGGAAGCACGAGGUAUGUGUCCACCUAGUCAACAUCAGUGGAGGCACAGGGCUUGCAUGGUUUGUACGAUCUGUCGGGAAUGCACGGGCUUUGGCAUAUCAUGUCUCAGCAGUAUUCUACCAAAUCGUAAUCCAAAAAGACCUGGACAGGAGUGUGGUUGUGGUGUUGGGGACAGCGGUUGUGCUGAAUGCGGCUGCUGUAGAAUCUGCGCCAGGGAAAAUUGUGACAAUGGAGGGGAUAUGGCAGUUUUUGGCCCCUCCGGGGCUGGAGAUACAGGCAUGAUGAGAUUGCACAUGUUAUUUGAAGGAAAAUCGGGUUCUAAUUUGAAAGACUAUCUGAAGAGAAGGCUUGAGGACAGGAAGCAACGUCAAAGAAUGAAAGCCGGCCCAAGUACUAUUAAAUGGUGCAUGAAGAUGAAGGGAGCUAAUAAUCAACGGACAGUUGGUCCCAGUGGAGUAGCUGGUAAAGCGAGUCCUGGAAAAGUGCCUUUAAGUAGCCUACUCGCCGAGGAUGGCGUUGGAGGGAGUGAUGCUGAGCGAGGUGAUGCAACAAGAAUUGCCAGCAUACCACCAGCUCGAGUACCAAUUCCAACUGACAGUCCAGUAAUUCAAGUGACGUGUGGACUUCAUCACACAGUGAUACUCUUGCAAAAUGGAGAGGUUUGGAGUUUUGGCAGCAAUUUAUACGGGCAACUUGGUGUUGGUGAUCUGGUGGCACAUGCUGGACCAGUUCAAGUAAAAAUACCAACAGCUGCAACACAGGUAGUCGCAGGAAGUAAUCACACAGUUGUAUUGACCAACAAAGGUGAAGUUUACACAUUCGGUGCUUAUCAGAAAGGACAGCUGGGGAUGAACUGGUGGAAUGGUCAGAAUGAGGCGAAUUCAGUCGUGUCACGUAGAUCUGAGAGAUCACAGCCGUGGCAUAGUUUUCCAAAUAUUGUGCCAAAUAUCGGUGCUCGAUGGGGAAGACGUGCAACGUGGGUGGGGGCAGCUGGUGAUCAGACUUAUAUCAAAGUCGAUGAGAUUAACUCGAUUAGUCUCAACAAGAGUACAGUACUGGCGAAUAAGAGCUGUAUACUUCUUAUUCCCCAUCAGCACGAGCAUUCGAAUACUUUCAAGUGUUUGGUGAUCAAUAAGAGGGAUGGCAGUUGCAAUAGUUUCACUGGUAAUGAUCAGGUAGACUUUAAUCAGUGUGCAGCGUGUUUAGAUUCACUCUACAAUGUUAUUUGGAGUUUCAAUUCAUCGACAAAUGAAUUGAGCCCUCAUAAUGUGAUAUCGACAGAAGCUAGGAAGGUUCCCGGUCUCAAUACCUGGAUUUUAAGUCCGAGCCUCUCUCUACCGGUGAUUCCUCUUUGUUUUGUCACACGUACACAGGCAGCUAUGCAUCUUCUAGGAUGUCUCGAUACUGUGACACAGGCUCAAGAGGAGAGAUUGUUGGUAGUGGAGGAGAAUGAAAUGAAUCAAUCUCAUGAUAAAGUGUACAGUCGAGAGGAUUAUGCGACUGUUUCUAGGUUUGAAAAUCAUGGGGGUGGAUGGGGUUACUCGGGGCAUUCCAUUGAAGCCAUUAGGUUCAUGGCUGAUACGGAUAUUUUACUCGGUGGAUAUGGACUUUUUGGUGGUCGUGGUGAAUACACAGCUAAGAUUAGGCUGUUUGAUAUUGGAAUUGAUGGUGGGGAUCAGGAGAAUGAUGGAGAAUUGCUCGCUGAAACGGAGGAUAUUCCUUAUGAGUGUGAGCCACGUCAAAAGUACUCUAUAUUAUUCGAAGAACCUGUUCAACUACUGGCCAAUCGGUGGUACGUCGCUUGGGCUAGAGUAAGUGGGCCCUCCAGUGAUUGUGGAUCUGGUGGUCAGGCCAUGGUCACGGCUGAAGAUAAUGUAAUGUUUUAUUUCAAAUCAUCUAAAAAAACUAAUAAUGGGACUGACGUAAAUGCCGGACAAAUUCCCCAGUUACUUUAUCGUGUCAUAACAUCUGAAAAUCAAUCGCCUAAUCGACCCAGGGACCAAACAGAACCUGUCUACAUUCUCAGGAGGGAAUUCACAAGAAUGGUCUCGAAGGAUUGCUUUCAAUCACUCAUUUCACUCCUACAAUGGAGCUGGAAUACGUUGAAAGCUAGUCUUUCUGAUGUUGUUCACAGAGGGACGAGUCAGCACUCUGGUUUAGAGAUGGAUCAUCUCGUUUACAUCAGCGAGGCAAGUUUAAGACUGUUGAGAAUGUAUACCAACGAAAUAUAUCCGGCUGUACCAAUGAGGAAAGCCCCACAGGAGUCCGUAAGAUUGGCUGAAUGCAUUGGAGAAGUACGAGCACUUCUCCGCCAGAUUUUAUCAGAUCCAGUUCCAACUAGCAUCAAGUCGUCGAAAGGAAAAAAUAGGAAAACCGAAAAUACUGGAUAUAAAAUGAUAGGAUCGAUUCUUGAUGAGUGUCACAAGACAUUUGUCGCUUGUUACCAUGCAUUUUAUCCGACUGCCUACCUCAAGUGGACCUCACUCUGCGAACUUCUGUCAGAAAUCAAUAAAGAUCACGGAGUAACCAGUAGAGAUCGUCUGCUGUCAGCUAUUUUGGCGUCUCUGUGCAACUCUAUGGUACGUCUUAGAUCCACCUUUCCAAUUUUGAAUAAUGUCAUGGACAGUAGCGAUGGCAUAAAGAGACAGUUGAGCCCGUCAGAUAAUGCAGGUUUACCAAUGAUGAAUUCAACUGAAACUCAUCAUUAUCCCAUUCUAGUCGAGCAAAUGAGCUACAAGUCACAGAUAGAGUCAACAGGUCGUGAGAUAUUUAACUGGUCAUUUCGUGAAGUUCUCGAUCGACUGUUAGAUUUAAUUCUUAUACCGGUUAAGAAGUCACUGUUUCGGGAGAGAUGCCAUUCUUUGCCAAAUUUGGGAUUGCACUGUUGUUAUCUAUUGGCUCGUGUUAUUGCCGAAUUGGCAGCGCAAUCCAGUGGAAGUGAGGAUGAAAUUCAAGCAGCUUGCGGUAGAUUUAUGUAUACAACACCUUCGAGAUUCACUAGAACUAAUCAAACGAGAACUUGGAAUACGGGAAAUGGAUCACCGGAUGCCAUUUGUUUCUCCGUCGACAAGCCCGGAAUUGUGGUUGCGGGAAUUGGUAUUUAUGGGGGUGUUGGGGUUUAUAAUUAUGAACUGGAAUUAUUGGAUGAUUUAAACAACACUGGCAAUGAGCCCUCUCACACGCAGAGAUGGAGUAGUUUGGAUUUUACUCGUGGCUCGUUUGGGCCUGAGGACUGUAUCAACGAUAUUGUUGAAUUGAAAUUUAGUAAACCAGUGCCGAUUAAGGAGAAUGUAAAAUAUGCAAUUAGACUGAGAAAUCAUGGUGGACGUACUAGCAAUGGAGAUGGUGGUCUCAGUAUUGUUCGUGGACCAGAUGCGACCAAUUUUACAUUUUCCGUUUGCUCUCUUAGCUUCAAUGGCACCACUCAAGCAAGAGGUCAAAUUCCUCACAUACUGUAUUACGCAAAUCCCCAAGAUUCCGAGAGCCCACAGACAAGUAAAGCUAUUGGUGAAAUGCAAGCGAGAAAAUGUACUCUGGCUAUGACCACAACAAUUAUUCAUCGUGCCAAUGAAAUUUUGUCACUAGCGAGAGAUCGUGCUGAGGAUUUGGUAACAGCUGAAGUUCUUGGUAAUGCAACAUUCGUCACAACACUUCUACCAUUAGUUAUGGCACACAUCAGUCCUCUUGCAACUUCAGAUCCACGAUGUGGUGUUCAGGUUCUAACAUUAAUUCAGGAGAUGCUACCACACGUUGCUGGUCUGAAUUUACUUAAUGCCAUGGGCGUAUCACAAGUCUCUCAGGAUAGUGAGGGGCCAAGUCAUAACUCUAUUCCCACAACUACUAGCCAUCAUUAUACAUGGAUCGAAAGCGAUCAUCCCUACAAGCCUGCUAGUGUUUCGUGCUAUAAAGUUGCAUUUCCUAAUAGUGUUAAAUGGAUAACUCUUGAAUUUACACCGGAGUGUGGAACGUGCCAGCCUGAGGACUAUCUGCAGCUUUACAUUCCUAAUAUCAUGGGGGAUAAGGGCGCCAGUUUCAAUGUACCGGUUUUACAUAAAAUGAGUAAUAUAUCGAGUCAGUGGCCUCAGAGUGCUAUAGUACUUCCAGGAAAUGAAGUGAUUUUCUCACUGGAAACUGCAUCGGAUUAUAUGAAAGAUGAUAUGUCGGUCACCUAUGGAUUCAAAUGUCUGGUUGUCGGAUACGACUGGCUCUCCUCCGGCAAUGGCCUGAAAAACUUGGAAAUUGAGCUUGGAUUUCUUGGCGGUGCAUGUGCGGCCAGUCUCAUGAAAAAAAAUCUCACAUUACCCACCGUUUCCAUUGAAGAGAUCGAGGAGAAUUUGAAAAUAGCUCAGGAUACAGCAAAGAGAAUAUUUUCUAUGCAUUCAUCUCUCCUGGGGCGAGGAUUUGCAUUAUCAUCGCCUCUGUCAAUCUCGCAAUCUCUCGAUGGAGUUCUGCCGUUUAGUUGCCAUUCGAAUGAAAGACUUUUCCUGAGGGAUUUUGUAUCUUGCUCGACGGGUACCAGUGGUAGUCGACUUGCGAGAUGGUUGCAACCAGACAGUUACGUUGAUCCUGCUAAAUGUGAAGCGCUGUACGCACGAGAGGAUAUGAAAUGUGGUUGGCCUGCCAUCAUCACCAUUCUCACGCGAGAUCAGUACGGCGAGAUUGUUCACGUUUCAGGUUUGAAGAUCGAAGUCAAAGCGGUCCCGACAGAUAAAAAGGACAUAUCAGAGGCAGACCAGGGCCGUAAAAUUCGUCGAGUAUCGCAAACAGAUCCGAUGACCUUCGGUGGACACCCUCAGCCCAUCCUGGAUGCACCGUAUGAAGUAACAGUGAACAGCAAAAUGUGCUUCUACGCAAUAACAAUCAUGAAAACCUAUCAGAAUUAUUCCUUCGAGGAACUUCGCUUCAUGUCACCGGCGGUGAAGCGAUCCAGCGAGAGUAUGUUGGUAAGGCCCAAUGGUGACGGCAGCUACAGUGCUACAUGGACACCAGCGUGCGUUGGUUGGUACUCCCUGAUGAUCACAAUCGACGGGUACAAUAUGGAGGACAAUUACAAAGUCGAGGUUAAAGAACCGCCCCAGGGGAUGCAUCCACCGACACAGAAUAUCGUUAAGAAGCCACAGCACCAGCCCAAUCGCCUGAGGAAAUUUCUGGGGAAGAACAGUGCAGGCCUCAGAAUCAGAGCACAUCCUUCAUUACAGAGUGAACAAAUUGGUAUUAUUCCUAUCGACGGCACGAUCACUUUUGUCGAGGAGAUUCACAACGACGAUGGCGUUUGGUUGAGAUUGAACUCCACGACGAUUAAGGAAUAUUGUAACAGCAGUCACAGCGAGGCCUGGUGUCUUGGGUACAACCAGCACCUGGGGAAGGCUCUCCUGUUUCCGGUGGAGGAGCCGAAAUCAAUUUUAGAUCAUGUAAUUAAAGAAUCGAUCCUCCGAAAACGUACGGACGUGGGCGAUGACAAGAGAAAGACAGGACUAGGGGAUCACUUGAUGGAGGGCAAACGAACGAUGGUUGUCAUCACGUCUGGCGCAUCAGGACACAAUAUCAGGAGUCGACCGAGUUUGCUAGCAGCAGCAGUUGGAAUGCUCACUCUGGGAGAUUCAGUUACUGUUCAGGAAUACUGGAUAAAUGGGGAUGGUACGUGGGUGAGGAUUGACGAAGAAUCCGCAGCGAAGUAUUGUUUUAGUGAGGGAGAAGCCUGGUCAUUAGCGGUUAAUAAGGACGGGGUGGCGCAUAUGAAAAUCGAGCAGGAGUCUGAUGUCAAUGCUAUCGAAAUACGAAUGCCUAUGAGUACAAAGGAAGCCACGAGUUCGCCGAUUGCUAAGGGCUUUGAUUUCUCCACUCCAUCCGGGAGCAAUGAGGGAUUUAAUUUCACGUCUCAAAAUUUUGCGUCUGGUACGGGGGGAGAAACAAAUCCAUUCGUUUUUGGUUCGUCGAGCCUGCAGGGCUCACCUGCCAGUGAUAAAUGUGCAGCUGAGAAGAACGAAGGGUGUUCGAAAUUCAUCAAGACUCACUACAAAGAGAAAAUUUCCAAAGAGAGAGAACGAGACGGGGGUGGUAAAUUGAGUGUUUUACAGAAAUGGCUGAGAGGCGAUGACAAAGAGAAGAAAAAUUCCCCUGGAAGGGAUUUUUCUGAAUUUGUUGGGGUCUCGGUGAAGGAGUUGGUGAAAGCGAUGGGCGAGAGUCGAGCGAAUGGAAACGGUGCAACACCACCGGACACACCACGCAAGACCUCCAGGAGUUCAUCACCGAAGAAUCCCCAAGGUGGUUCUCCCAGAUUUCUCAGCAGAUCGUCCAGUCCAGUUCCCAUACCUGCUGGUUCCACACGUCAGCCUGCUGGUUCCGUCAAUUGCCUCUUUCCUCCCGCUACUAAUAUUCCAGGUGGGAGAAAUUUGAUAGGCGGGGGGGAUAGCGCUGGAAGCAGUCCCCUGCCGCACGGCUCCCCCCGAAGUAUUGGCUUUUCGCCACUAGUAUCAGGUAUGGUAGACAGCGUGACGUCCCCCCGUCGUGGCUCCACCCAGAGUGACACAAGUGCCUUAGUAAGUAGUCUCACGAGAGAUCCAUCGCAAUCGCCCAGUGGUAUCAGCAGUACAGCGAACACUCGUGACCUAUCGCCUAGUCCCAGUUGUAGUUCUCUGCACAUGCGGUCCGAGGGAAGUAUCGCUAGUCCUCCAGACACGCCCAAGAAGGAGAAAGCAGACGGCCAGCAAAAUAGAAAAAUGUCUCAGGCCCAGACCCAAACAAGUCCGGAGUCUCCGGCAACCGCCAUGAAGGGUCACUUCAGCAUAGGAGCGUCGGGCACGAAGGACGAACGUCAUUCUCCGAAAGUAACUCGAAGGGAUCACACAAAAGGUGUGAAAAUUCGAGCAAAACGUGCCAUUUCUCCAGCUAAUAAUUCCCAAUCCCCGAAUCCCUCGCGCUCAUUACCUCUAAAUCGAGAAAAAGUGAAAGAAGCCAUCAGUCCUUCAGUCGCCGAAUGUCUACGCGCUGUGUUUGCCGCAUUUUUAUGGCACGAGGGAAUAGUUCACGAUGCCAUGGCAUGCGCUAGUUUUCUGAAAUUUCAUCCAACACUACCGAAAAAUGGUGCUCUUGUGGUGACACGACAUCCUGUCAUUCAGGCCAGUGAUAAAAAAGAGGAGUUGACUAAAGAGCAACGCGCCCGUCAGAGGCACUCGGUCGAGGUAACAAAUGCUGGCAGCUAUCUCCACAUUCAGCCAAGCACUCUUGAGACAUUGACUAGGUCCGCAGCAGGUGCCAAUGCCAAUCGUAGCAGAAAAAAACAAGAUUCAUCGAUAAAAGAGGAAAUAUCGGAUAAACUUAUUGCAUUACCCGAGUGUCACACUGUGGCCAUUUUACCCCCAGCUCUGAAGAGUCUUGUUUUUCUUUGGGAGGAACUCAGUAGUAAUUGUCUUCAAGCUAUUGAACAGCAGACGGUUCUACCCAGUCCCAUAUCACAGUUGAUACAAACUCCAAAACGUAAUUACGAAAAGACUGGUAAGGAUGAAAAAUCAAAGGAGAAGGAGAAAAAAUUCAACAGAAAGAAAAAAGAUUGGGGCAAAGUGAUGGGGAAAUGUAGUCCUGCCGAGGGUGCGGGAGAGUCGGAAUCAACUUGUGAAUUGUGUGGACUUAUGUUUCCCCAUCCAGUUACGUAUCACAUGAAAACAAUGCAUCCAGGAUGUGGUUGGCAUUCGGGAGGAAUGGGAUACAACAAUGUUGGUAAUUACUGCUCAGGAUGGGCAGGUAAUUGCGGUGACAGUGAUUUCGGUGGAACAUGUUGGUAUCUGAUUUGCGACUCGUGUCGUGAUAAUUAUUUGAAGGCACGUAAAAAUAAAGGAGGAAAAAGACUGAUUGGAAUUGUUUCGAGAAGAAAAGGAAAAAGUCCUUUGUCACCAAUGAUCAGCCCGAACGGCAACGAGAGUCACGUAAUAAUGAAAAAUAAUGCCAUGUUUUUGUUGGACCUGUCAAGUGCCUCUGGAGUAAAUAUUCCGAAACAGCAGAGGAGGCCAUCCCAGACUCUCUCGUCUGUUGCUGAGAAUUACAGUCCCCCUGAAGCCGGGCCAUUUCCUCCGACGGGCCCAUUUCAGUGCCUCCAAGCCCUGGGAUUACAUAAUUCUCAGAGCCAUGACGAUGAUAAAUACUACGAGGAGACACUGCGGCGUCAGACUGGUCAAGUGAAUAUUUAUGAGAGCUCAAACACCAACUUUGCCACUGGAAGACCCCUAUCCGAGUGUCCCAUGAGUGACAGUGACUCUGAAAGUGGAAAAGCUCGUGGAGUUUUUCAUCGAUCCGUGUCAAUGUCCACUGGUGGCCCUUGGUCGAGGAAUAGCAAUGAUGGACGAGUUGUGAUGAUGAGGAAGCGCAACAACAGCAGCAGUGAGAUGACCAGCGAAGCAGGCUCCUCAUUGCUCUGUUAUCCAUCAGCAGCGCUGCAAAAACUUGUUCCAUCGAUGGAUCAAUCAGCAAUAGUAUCAAGUCAGAAUGAAAUUCCAACGACUGACAAAUUGGAGAUUCUCAUGCGACCUGUUAUGCUGUUCGUCCUUCAACAGCACAAUCUCCAACACGUUCAAUUAGCCAUGAAGCAGGCGCUGAGAAGAGCUGCAUGCAGAGUCUACGCGAUGCAGGCCUUUAACUGGCUCUUGCGAAGUGUCACACAACCAAUUUGCCUGCACGAUCUUCUGUGGUGGUUCGUGGCAUCCCUGACACCUGCUCACGAAGCUACUGACGACGAUGACAACCCUCAAGCGGAGGCUGACAAGAAAGACGAUCCGGACAUGACGGGAAUUUGCGAACACCCCCUGAGUGAUUUAGUAGUUGCUGGCGAGGCUGGUAAUCCACUGCGAACAUCAUUUCACACACUUCUCCAGACAAUCGCUGAUCUCAUGCUCUUACCGCCACCAGGAUCACCUCUGCAACAGGCUGCUGUUCGAUGUUGGGGAAUUAAAUUCACCCCAGCUGAUCAUGUGUUCCUCCAUCGAAGCCAUGUCUUUAGUAACAUCAGUAAAAUUUUGUCCAGAUGCGAAGGGGAAGAAGACCUGACGAUGAGCAUGCACGAGAGCCAUCAGUCCACUCAUUCUCAACAAAUUACGGCUAUUGUCGAAGCACUCAAAGACUUAACUGGAGGGGUGGAGAUAAAAGCAUCGAGUCGCCAGGCCAUGAUUGGACAUCUUACUGAUAAUUCGACGGAGACAUUCUGGGAGUCGGGAGAUGAGGAUAGAAAUAAGACGAAGACUAUCAGCAUUAUUUGCUCAGCCCAUACAUUCCCGCGAAUAAUUUAUAUUCAUAUCGAUAACUGCCGUGAUCUCGCGCACAAGGUCUCCAGUGUUACCUUUCAAUCUGGCCUCAAUAUCGAUGAAAUGGUUAAAUUACGAUCUGUGGAGAUUGAGAGUAGAUCAGCGGGAUGGAUAAAUUGUCACAUAAGCAAUACGAGGCAUAACAUCAUUGGGUUAGAGUUCAAAGGUCCCGAUAAUUCAUUGAGAAUCAGGCAAAUUCGAGUUCUUGGAGAGAUCGACGGUGAAUCCUUGAGGAUCGGUAAACAAUUGAGCUCGACUACGAUUCAACAACGAAAUUGUGAAGCUGAGACCCUCAAAGUUUUCCGUCUCAUCACUUCUCAAGUCUUUGGUAAAUUAAUCCAGGGCGAUAAUCAACAACAGCAACAGCAGCAGCAACAGCCGCAAAUGGAGCCAGCUGAGACAAGUAAUGAUGAAUUAGAGGAUAGUCACGAUCUCCGAGAGCACAUGGUUGGCAUAUUAUUCAGUCGAAGUAAAUUGACACAUCUCCAGAAACAGGUGUGCGCUCAUAUCGUUCAAGCGAUAAGAAAGGAAACGACACGACUUCGUGAGGAAUGGGAGAACCUUCUGUGCUCACCAACUCCGAUCAAUAGUCUUUUGAGUGACUCCAGUGAUACCCAAAAACCAUCGGACACGUACUGCUUUGAGAUGUUGUCGAUGGUUCUCGCUUUGAGUGGAAGUUCUGUGGGACGAAAUUACUUGUCUUACCAAUGGGGUCUCUUGAGAGAUCUCUUCAGUCUCCUCCACACUGGGUCAGCCAGAGUACAACGACAAGUAACGUCGCUUUUACGAAGAAUUUUACCGGAAAUAAAACCCUACUCUUUGGCGAGUGUUUUGGGAAUGGACAAAACUCCACCCACUGACUUCAGUAUAAUUUCAGCCGUAAAUUGCAGCGAAGACGAGGGCUUUAACGAGCAUUCCCUGAGGAUUUUAGAUGUUUUCUUGAGUUGCAUCGCAAAGGCAUUGACAGUUCAGGUGAAAGUCAAGGGAAAGGAGAAUGGAAAAGCCUUGCAAACGAUAACUCUGGCAACAAGUAUUCAUCCGAAGAGUUUUUUGGGCUCAAGGUGGUGGUUACGAGGCUGCAUGACGCGAAAACUCGCAGAAGUUAUAAUCCAAUUAUUAAAGGAUAUGGCAGCUGGCAAAUUAUCGGACGCUUGGGCGUCCGUAACGAAAGCAGCUAUAGCCGAAAACAUUCUGAACUUGACUAGACUCGAUGAAAAAAUUCGCGAGCCCACAGAGUGCCUAAAAUCCCCAACAAUCUGGCUCGCUCUCUCCUCCCUUUGUGUACUCGAUUCUGAUCACGUGGAGAGGCUGUCCUCGGGCCAGUGGAACACAAUGGACGGCCAGCCACCUCCACCGAGGCCAACGUGCAGCAAUCACGAUGAUGGCGAGACAACAGCAAUUAUCCAGUGCAAUCUCUGUGGAAAUCUCUGCGGUGACUGUGAUCGAGUAUUGCACCUUCAUAGACGAACGAGAAUGCACAUCCGCCAGGUGUGUAAGGAAGAAGAGGAGGCCAUAAGGGUCGAUCUCCACGAGGGAUGUGGAAGGACAAAGCUCUUUUGGAUCCUCGCACUGGCAGACAGUCGUACAUUGAAGGCUCUCAUUGAAUUCAGAGAUGGAGCUCCCAGCAAGAGCGUUGGGGCAACGUCUGGUGUUUGUCGAUUCUGUGGGACAACGGGAAACACUGGACUCCUGGCAAUCGGUAAUAUUUGCUCUGAUCAUGAUUGUCAAGAGCACGCUAAGAACGCAUGCAGUAAAAUUCAUCCGUGUGGACACAUCUGCGGAGGUGUCAGGAAUGAAAAGACUUGUCUACCCUGUCUCCAUCGGUGCCAAUCCGAUAAUCAGUUGAAGCAAGAUGCCGAUGACAUGUGCAUGAUCUGCUUCACCGAGGCACUCUCCUGUGCCCCAGCCAUUCAACUUCAGUGCGGCCAUGUUUUCCACCUUCACUGUUGUCGAAAUGUACUGAUGAAGAGGUGGGUGGGACCUCGAAUAACCUUUGGCUUCUCCUUGUGCCCGAUUUGCAAAAUUUCGAUGGAACAUCCUACUUUGACUGAAAAUUUGACCAGCAUAAAAGAACUUUACACAGACGUACGGAGAAAAGCCUUGAUGCGAUUGGAGUACGAGGGCUUGCACAAGGCUGACGCUGUGACAGCUCCGGGAGGUCGUUAUUAUCAGGAUCCAGCAGCUUAUGCUAUGGACCGUUACGCUUAUUACGUGUGCUACAAGUGCCAGAAGGCGUAUUACGGUGGUGAAGCAAGGUGCGAUGCCCAGCUCGGUGGUGAGUCUUUUGACCCCACCGAGCUGGUAUGCGGUGGCUGCAGUGACGUGGCAAGGGCUCAGAUGUGUCCUAAGCAUGGGGCAGACUUUCUCGAGUACAAGUGUCGAUAUUGCUGCUCGACAGCUGUCUUCUUCUGCUUCGGGACAACUCACUUCUGUAACCCCUGCCACGACGACUUUCAACGUGUCACGAAUAUUCCAAAGAGCGAACUACCGUCAUGUCCUGCUGGCCCCAAAGCUAAACAACUGGAAGGUGACGAGUGUCCAUUGCACGUUAAACAUCCGCCCACUGGGGAAGAGUUUGCCCUCGGUUGCGGCAUUUGUCGCAACGCACACACCUUCUAAAUCUUCCUCAUGUCUCAUUUUUCAAAUAAAAAAAAGACUACCGAAUGAGGCUAAAUCUAACUUAUUAUUAAAAUGUAAACGUAAUUAACGCUGUGGAAUUGACAUUGAAUUCAUUCAUCAUAUGUCGAUAAUAACGUAAUAGUACUUUGUGUUCCGAAAGAGUCAUCGUUUUUUUUUAAUUGUGAGUAAUUACAGAGUCAUUUGAAAAUUUAUAAGCGUUGGACAAUUAAUGGUUUUCAAAUUGGAAAACACAUUACGAGAAUAUUAGGAGUUACAAACUUUAAUUCUAAGGAGAUCAAGGGUGAUUGAAUAUGCAAAGUAAAUCAUUGAAAGAGAGAAAGAGACAAUGAGUGUGUGAGUUAUGUGUAUCAUUCUGUGAGAUUAGAUUUUUGACAUAAAUACGAGGAUAAACGUGAAUUCUAUGAUUUCUAUUUAGGAACAAAUAUCCAAUAUCACUGGAUGUAUUUUCAAUUCCAAUCGAUUUUCAUUUUUAUUUUAUACUUUUCCAUACGAAAGUGCAUGCGCUGUUGAAGCGCAUCUCUCAACUAGUUAUUUAUUAUUGAAUGAAAUAGAAUAAAAAGAAAAUCGUAAAUUAAGAAUUUGCGUUGAUUCGCAUGAAAUGUAUUUAUUGCAAUCGCAUUAUUUGUAACGAAAAAAUGAAAAAAACAAGGCUUAUGUAUUUAUUA